CAAUGCCCGCGCAGUAUUUCUUUAAAUUAUUUUCUUUACUUUGACGAUAGUAUAAUAAAAUGUUUUUGAAAUUUUACAAGGGUUUGUGAACAAAUCUCUUAUUUAUAAAUGUGCUUAAAAGUAUACCGGCAAAAGCCGCUAGAAUUUUGCAAUACUCCACACCCUCAAAUGGAAAGUGCUCAUUACGACAAAGAUUAAAAGGCACGAAGGAAUCUUACACACAAAUAACAACAUUAUAAGAUACCUAGUGCCUUUGAGGUGUUGUAGUUACGAAUUGAUAGCGACUAUUUGGAUGACGUGUGAAUAUAUUUCUACAUCUUCAAACAACGAUUUUUAAUAUUUAUAUUCUAACAAUGGCUCGUCCGUUUUACGAAACGCAUUUAGUUCCAAUUGUAGUUGGUAUUGCAGCUGUGGUGGUGGGUGCUGCCAUCAUUAAUUACAUUCUUAAUAAGAAGUCGUCGAAACCACGACCUGAACCCAAUCGCACCGCUCGCCUACGCACACUAGUUGAUCCAAAUGACAAAUAUCAGUUGCCAUUAAUUGAGAAAGAAAUUCUUAGCCACGAUACUCGACGUUUUCGGUUUGGUUUACCAUCGAACCAACAUGUUCUUGGAUUGCCCGUUGGACAGCACAUUCAUUUGAUCGCAACCAUAGAUAACGAAUUGGUCAUUCGUCCUUAUACUCCAAUAUCCAGUGAUGAUGACGUUGGUUAUGUCGAUUUGGUCAUUAAAGUAUAUUUUAAGAAUGUUCAUCCAAAAUUCCCAGGAGGUGGUAAAAUGACACAAUAUUUAGAUCAAAUGAAUAUCGGCGAUAAGAUCUCCUUCCGUGGUCCUUCCGGACGAUUACAAUAUCAAGGUCAAGGCCGUUUUCAAGUUAAGAAGCUUCGAAAAGAUCCACCAAAGACCGUUAUAGCAAAGCGUGUAAAUAUGAUAUCCGGUGGCACUGGAAUUACACCAAUGUUACAGCUAAUACGGGAUGUUCUAAAACACAAUGAUAAAGACAAAACUGAACUUGCCCUAUUAUUUGCCAAUCAGAGUGAAGCCGAUAUUUUGUUGCGUAACGAAUUGGACGAAUUAGUCAAAAAAUAUCCAGAUCAAUUAAAGGUGUGGUAUACGAUUGAUAAAGCUUCUGAAGGCUGGAUAUAUGAUGUAGGCUUUAUAAACGAUGACAUGAUUAAACAACAUCUUUUCCCGGCUUCUGAAGAUACUUUGGUGUUAAUGUGCGGUCCACCACCAAUGAUAAAUUUCGCUUGUAAUCCAGCUUUAGAUAAAUUGGAAUUUCAUCCAGAUACCAGAUUCGCAUAUUAAAAAUAUAUAAACAAGUUAUGUUGAUUAUAGAGUCGUCCAUAUUCCUGAAUAAAAUAUGCACUAAAGUACUAUAUAUGUAAUUAUAAAUGUGCAUGGCAAUAAAAAUUAUUAUCUUGUUAUUAAUGCUGUUGGUUAAAUAUAUAGUCAAAUUGCAGACUCAUUACGUAAAUGACUAUCAAAGCAUUGUAAAAACUUAUUGAAUUGUAAAGAAAAUCAUAAAUUAAAAAUAAUUAAUUUUAUUAUUUUGCAAUAAACUCGAUUCUUAUAUCUCUAAAAA